AUGCCAGUCAGAGAUUGGAAACGAGAGUGCGCCGACGGUAGUGUGUGCGGUACAUUACAAGACAGUCACAGCCACGUCGCACUAGGAGCGGCUACGAACGGAAGGAGACUUAGCCGAGUGGACUCGGUACAAGGUGACUGUACUACCAAAACUGCAAUACUGGCGCGUCGUCAGCAGCGAGUGCUGCGGGGCGGGCGGCGCGGCGUAGACGUCGGACGCCGUGGACAGGCACUUGUGCAGUUUGCGGGUACCUUGCGAGCGCGAGCGGCGCACGCGCGAGCCCGCCGCGCCCGGCCCCGCGGCCGCGGCGCCCGGCGCGCCCCCGCCGGCGCCCCCGCCGCCCCCGCCGCCCGGCCCGUUCAUCUACAACACAACACGCAGUCGCACCGCCACCGUUUAGUGACGGCAACUGCGGUGUUAGUCGUGGGACUGACUGGACUCAUACCUAUGUGCCGCGCCACGCUGGCGGCCUGCUCGUGCGCCUGGUCGCCGUUCGAGUCGCGGACGGGGCACAGCCACGCUACUAACUCCCCUGGGGAAAGUCGGGGCAUGAGCGAGCGCAUGUACAGGACCCGUGCUCGAGAUGACGCGCUAACUGAUGUGAAGCUACAAGCGAGAGUGGUGCCAUCUAUACCGACUACUCAGCUCGUACCAUUAGCACUGAACAUCAUCUCAGACAUUGACAACACAGAGAUCACCUACGGUUUGAUGCAAUCAGUUAAUUAA